AUGAAGUAUGGAAGCAUUUGCCUGAAGAUGGUACGUCCUACAGUUCUGUUGUAUGACGACGCUGCCGUUGCUGCUGAAGCGUCAGUCCCAGCAUCACCCGCUCGCCCGCCCGCAGUCCAAUCCGACACAUCGCCAGCCAAAUGCCCAGCCAGCACUCAUGCUAAGGCUCUGGCCAAGUCACCCGCUCCGUCUCCCGGCCAGUCUCCCGCCAAGUCGCCUGCCAAGUCUCACACUAAACCGCCAGCAAAGGCGCCCCCCAAAACGCCGGUGAGAACACCCCCUAAGAAGCGCGCAAGGAAGGCGGUUGCGUCGAGAACACCGUCACCACAGCGAUCGCCACGUGUACCAGCACCGACACGUGUACAACCACCCCGAAGCACGCGCCUAGUGGCUGAAACGGUAGAUAUAUCGGUUGGCAAUGACCGGAUGAGUUCUGGUGACGAAGAUGACUUCGCCAUAGACGACGACUUUGCUGUAUCCGAUGUCGAAGCCUCCAGUGAAAGUUUCAGUAGCGAAGAUGAAGCGACGAGUGAUGAAGAGGACGCGUUAAAUCGCUCUGCUGGGACCCCCUUUGACAGACCAAGGAGCAAUUGA